CGGCGGCUCGGGCGGAGCGCGGGAGAUCGGCCGAGUGCAGAGCGGCGAUCGCAGCGGGCAUGGCCCUGCGCGUGGGAGUCUCUGCCUCCAGCCCCGCCCGGGCGGCCGCGAACUUGGCGACGCGCUCCUGCGGCCCCGCCACUGCCAUGUAGUCGCCGGCCCCGCUCCGCGCCGAGCGACCGAGCGGGACCAGCAGCCCGGCUUCCCCGGGAGGCUCCCAGCGCGCCCCGCCGCCCGGACAGCGACAUGGGGGAGAAAGUUUCCGAGGCUCCGGAGUCGGUGCCCCACCGCUGCAAUGUCCACGGCUCCCGGACCCUCGUCCCACCCGCGGCAGCCGCGUCCUCGGAGGGCGCUUCCUCGGCAGAGUCGUCUUCAGGCUCAGAAACUCUGUCCGAGGAAGGGGAUCCCGGCCGCUUCUCCUGCAGGUCGCAGCCGCUGCCACCGCGGCCGGCGGGCGGCGCCUUGGGGACCCGGCUGCCCGCCGCCUGGGCUCCCGCGUGCGUGGCUUUAGAACGCGGAGUCCCUGCCCUGCAACUGCGGCCCCCCGGAGGAGCCGCGCCCCCAGCCCCGCAGGGCAGCAGCGCGUCGCAGGAGGAGCAGGAUGAGGAGCUUGACCACAUACUGUCCCCACCACCCAUGCCAUUUCGGAAAUGCAGCAAUCCAGAUGUGGCUUGUGGCCCAGGAAAGUCACUGAAGUAUAAGAAACAGCUGAGCGAAGAUGGGAAGCAGCUACGGCGAGGGAGCCUGGGAGGAGCCCUCACUGGGAGGUACCUCCUUCCAAACCCAGUGGCAGGACAGGCCUGGUCUGCUUCAGCAGAGACGUCCAACCUCGUGCGCAUGCGUAGCCAGGCGCUGGGCCAGUCGGCUCCCUCGCUCACUGCCAGCUUGGAAGGGCAGCCUCCGAAGAGCCAUUUCAACUCAGCUCGGCAUCGCCAGAGACUAGUGGACCCAACUGCUUCAAAAAAGGAGCUGAGUCUCCCCCGAAGAGGAAGUCUGAUAGAUUCCCCGAAGUGGAAUUGCUUGGUCAAACGUUGCCGAACAAGCAACCGAAAAAGCUUGAUAGGCAAUGGCCAGUCACCAGCGCUGCCUAGACCACACUCACCUCUCUCUGCUCAUGCAGGAAAUAGCCCUCAAGAUAGUCCAAGAAAUUUCUCCCCCAGUGCCUCAGCCCAUUUUUCAUUUGCACGGAGGACGGAUGGACGCCGCUGGUCUUUGGCCUCUCUUCCCUCCUCAGGCUAUGGGACAAACACACCCAGCAGCACAGUCUCUUCAUCCUGUUCCUCCCAGGAGAAGUUACAUCAGUUGCCAUACCAGCCAACACCAGAUGAAUUACACUUCUUGUCGAAACAUUUCUGCACCACUGAAAGCAUCGCCCCUGAGAACCGAUGUAGGAACACACCCAUGCGUCCCCGUUCCCGAAGCCUCAGCCCUGGACGUUCUCCUGCCUGCUGUGACCAUGAAAUAAUUAUGAUGAACCAUGUCUACAAAGAAAGGUUCCCAAAGGCUACAGCUCAGAUGGAAGAACGUCUAAAAGAAAUUAUCACCAGUUACUCUCCUGACCACGUUCUUCCCCUGGCAGAUGGAGUGCUUAGUUUUACUCACCAUCAGAUUAUUGAGCUGGCUCGAGAUUGUUUGGAUAAAUCCCACCAGGGUCUCAUCACGUCACGAUACUUCCUUGAAUUGCAGCACAAAUUAGAUAAGUUACUACAGGAGGCUCAUGAUCGCUCUGAAAGUGGAGAGCUGGCAUUUAUUAAGCAGCUGGUCCGGAAGAUCCUAAUUGUUAUUGCCCGCCCUGCUCGGCUAUUGGAGUGCUUGGAAUUUGAUCCUGAAGAAUUUUACUACCUAUUGGAAGCAGCAGAAGGCCAUGCCAAAGAAGGCCAGGGCAUUAAAACCGACAUUCCCAGGUACAUCAUCAGCCAGCUGGGGCUCAAUAAGGACCCUCUGGAAGAAAUGGCUCAGUUGGGCAACUAUGAUAGUGGGACAGCAGAAACACCAGAGACGGAUGACUCAGUGAGUAGCUCUAAUACUUCCCUGAAACUUCGAAGGAAACCUCGAGAAAGUGAUUUUGAAACGAUUAAAUUGAUCAGCAAUGGAGCAUAUGGGGCAGUCUACUUUGUUCGGCAUAAAGAAUCCCGGCAGAGGUUUGCCAUGAAGAAGAUCAAUAAACAGAACCUCAUCCUUCGGAACCAGAUCCAGCAGGCCUUUGUGGAACGCGAUAUCCUGACUUUUGCAGAAAACCCGUUUGUGGUCAGCAUGUAUUGUUCCUUUGAAACAAGGCGUCAUUUGUGCAUGGUGAUGGAAUAUGUGGAAGGGGGAGACUGUGCAACCUUAAUGAAAAACAUGGGUCCUCUCCCUGUUGAUAUGGCCAGGAUGUACUUUGCCGAGACUGUCCUAGCCUUGGAGUAUCUGCAUAAUUAUGGAAUUGUACACAGAGAUUUGAAGCCAGACAACUUGUUGGUAACCUCCAUGGGGCACAUAAAGCUGACAGAUUUUGGAUUAUCUAAGGUGGGACUAAUGAGCAUGACUACCAAUCUUUAUGAAGGUCAUAUCGAGAAGGAUGCCCGAGAGUUCCUGGAUAAACAGGUCUGUGGUACACCUGAAUACAUUGCCCCCGAGGUGAUUCUGAGACAGGGCUAUGGAAAGCCUGUGGACUGGUGGGCCAUGGGCAUUAUCCUCUAUGAAUUUCUGGUUGGAUGCGUGCCAUUCUUUGGGGACACUCCAGAAGAGCUAUUUGGUCAAGUCAUUAGUGAUGAAAUCAACUGGCCUGAGAAGGAUGAGGCUCCUCCUCCAGAUGCCCAGGAUCUCAUCACCUUGCUUCUCAGGCAGAAUCCCCUGGAGAGGCUGGGGACAGGUGGUGCAUAUGAAGUCAAACAGCAUCGCUUCUUCCGCUCUUUAGACUGGAACAGUUUGUUGAGACAGAAGGCGGAAUUUAUUCCCCAACUGGAAUCGGAGGAUGACACAAGUUAUUUUGAUACUCGGUCAGAGAAAUACCAUCAUAUGGAAACGGAGGAGGAAGAUGACACUAAUGAUGAAGACUUCACUGUGGAAAUAAGGCAGUUUUCCUCGUGUUCACAUAGGUUUUCAAAAGUUUUCAGCAGUAUAGAUCGAAUAACUCAGAAUUCAGGAGAAGAGAAAGAAGACUCUGGGGACAAAACCAAAAGCACAGCCUUGCCGUCCACAGAAACAUUGAGCUGGAGUUCAGAAUACUCUGAAGUGCAACAGUUAUCAACAUCCAACUCUUCAGAUACUGAAAGCAACAGAUGCAAGCUCAGCUCUGGCCUCCUUCCUAAACUGGCUAUCUCAACAGAGGGAGAGAAAGAUACAGUUGCCCCAUGCCCUGGAGACACCCGUGAGGAGCCAGAAAAGCCAGUCCUUCCUCCUGAGGAGAGUGCUCAGGAGGAGCCUGAGGUCACCACCCCAGCCAGCACCAUCAGCAGCUCCACGCUGUCAGUUGGCAGUUUUUCAGAGCACUUGGAUCAGAUAAAUGGGCGAAGCGAGUGUGUGGACAGUACAGAUAAUUCCUCAAAGCCAUCCAGUGAAUCCGCUUCUCACAUGGCUCGACAGCGAUUAGAAAGCACAGAAAAAAAGAAAAUCUCGGGGAAAGUCACAAAGUCCCUCUCUGCCAGUGCUCUGUCCCUCAUGAUCCCAGGAGACAUGUUUGCUGUGUCUCCCCUUGGAAGUCCAAUGUCCCCCCACUCCCUGUCCUCGGACCCCUCUUCUUCUCGGGAUUCCUCUCCCAGCCGAGAUUCUUCAGCAGCUUCUGCCAGUCCACAUCAGCCCAUUGUGAUUCAUAGUUCUGGGAAGAACUAUGGUUUCACCAUCCGAGCUAUCCGUGUGUAUGUGGGAGACAGUGACAUCUACACCGUGCACCACAUUGUCUGGAAUGUAGAAGAAGGAAGUCCAGCAUACCAGGCAGGAUUGAAAGCUGGGGAUCUGAUCACACACAUCAAUGGAGAGCCUGUGCAUGGACUCGUCCACACAGAAGUGAUCGAGCUCUUGCUGAAGAGUGGAAAUAAGGUGUCGAUCACUACUACCCCAUUUGAAAACACAUCUAUCAAAACAGGACCAGCCAGGAGAAACAGCUAUAAGAGUCGGAUGGUGAGGCGGAGCAAGAAGUCAAAGAAGAAGGAAAGUCUAGAAAGGAGGAGAUCUCUUUUCAAAAAGCUAGCCAAGCAGCCAUCUCCUUUGCUCCAUACCAGCCGAAGUUUCUCCUGCUUGAACAGAUCCCUGUCAUCAGGAGAGAGCCUCCCGGGUUCCCCCACUCACAGCUUGUCCCCAAGAUCUCCGACACCCAGCUAUCGCUCCACCCCUGACUUUCCAUCAGGCACAAAUUCUUCCCAGAGCAGCUCCCCAAGUUCAAGCGCCCCCAAUUCUCCAGCAGGGUCAGGGCACAUCAGGCCCAGCACCCUCCAUGGCCUGGCCCCCAAGCUCAGUGGGCAGCGAUAUCGCUCUGGAAGGCGGAAGUCAGCUGGUAGCAUCCCACUUUCACCACUAGCCCGGACUCCCUCUCCGACCCCUCAACCCACCUCCCCUCAGCGUUCACCAUCUCCACUGCUGGGACACUCACUGGGCAAUGCGAAGAUCACUCAGGCAUUUCCUAGCAAGAUGCACUCCCCUCCCACAAUCGUCAGACACAUCGUGAGGCCCAAAAGCGCAGAGCCUCCCCGCUCCCCGCUGCUCAAGCGAGUGCAGUCUGAGGAAAAGCUGUCACCCUCCUACAGCAGUGACAAGAAGCACCUGUGCUCCCGCAAGCACAGCCUGGAGGUGACGCAGGAGGAGGUGCAGCGAGAACCCCAGAGAGAGGCGACACUGCAGAGCCUUGAGGAGAAUGUGUGUGAUGCUCCUUCCCUCAGUCGGGCCAGGCCGGUGGAGCAAGGCUGCCUGAAACGCCCUGUGUCCAGGAAGCUGGGCAGGCAGGAGUCUGUGGAUGACCUGGACCGGGACAAGCUGAAGGCCAAGGUUGUAGUGAAGAAACCAGAGAAGCAUGAAUCCCACCCAAAACCCCACAGCCUCAGCAGUGAUUCGGAAAGCCACGCUCUCUUCAGGCUGGAAGAGAGAGAGAAGAAAGUGUACCCCAAGGGAUUAGAGAGGUCAAGUCAUUUUGAAAACAAAGCAACAGAGGCCCCGUCUCUGGGAAGCCUUCUGAAGGAUGCUCUUCACAAGCAGGCCAGUGUGCGGGCCAGUGAGGGGGUAACCUCAGAUGGGACAGUAUGCAGCCCAGCACCUGGAGAACACAGCCAAUCUAUAAAUGACUGGAAACGGGCCACUGCUUCUAGCACCCUCCAAGAUAGUGUGUGCCACAUCCCUGACAGGCCCACUCCUGGAAAGGGUGACUAUACAGAGAAGGCCUCGCAGGCUAAAGAGUUCCUUCGAAAUGAGAAACUAGACAGCAAGCUGGCCAAUAUUGAUUACCUCCGAAAGAAGAUGCCACUAGAAGACAAAGAUGAUAGCCACUGUUCCAUCCUGAAACCCAAGAUAACAUCUGGUGCUCAUGAAUGCCUGCCAGGACACCCCAACAGGCCUAUGCCUGGGCAGCAGGAGGCCCCACCAGCAUCUGAGAGCCGGGUGUUCGUCAGUAGUAACCACACAGCUCAGAUGAGCUCUGUCUCCUUUGUUCCUCUCAAAGCUUUAGCUGGCCGGGUGGACAGCGGAGGAGAGAAGCCAGGCUUAGUGGCUCCUGAGUCCCCUGUCAGGAAGAGCCCCUCUGAGUAUAAACUGGAGGGAAGGUCAGUUUCAUGCCUGAAGCCAAUUGAGGGUACACUGGACAUUGCUCUCCUGUCUGGGCCUCAUGCCUCCAAGACAGAGCUGCCUUCCCCAGAGCCUGCACAGAGCCCCAGCCCUGUCAUCAACAUGGGGCCCCUAUUGCCAACAGGUGUCCCCAGCAGCAGUGGAAAAAAGAGUGACCCCAUCAGCCUGAGAGAGCCUUCCCCUGCCAGCUUAAAGGUGAAUAAAUCCCACAUGCUGGAGCCUCGGUUCCUGCCCCCUAGCCGGGGUCCACAGGACUCACCAGUAGCUCCCAUGUCAGAUACAAAGUCAAAGCAGGACAAGAAAGUGGCCCACCCUUCUGCCAGGAGCACAACGACUAUCACAGAAAGCAAUCUCCAGCAGAAAGAAGGUGGUCCCAGCAAACACCAAAAUCGCUCUGUUGACACCAGUGUCCUCCCUGGCCCAGGGCAGACCCUGCACAGUCUUGACCCAGCCAGGCUGUGUGCAUGUGCCCCCUUGCCACCAGAAGGGCCCGCCUCAAAGGAAAAGCCAUGCCUGAAAGAACCCUCUGGAAAGGGCCCUUCCACAACCAAAAGUGAACGAUCUACCAUGAGGGCUGAUAUACACAAAGACCCCUGCAUGGAGCUGUGUCCUGCAGAGACCUUUAAACCCAGUGAAAAUUCCAAAAACCUCCCUUCUGGGGGAAGGACCCACCCUGAUUUCUACAAGCAGACCCAGAACAUGGAGAAAGCGAGGGGAGCUUGUGCAAAAUCAAACCACAACAGAGAUGGACCAGAUGAGGCGAAGACCCUGGCCAGGGAGGACUCCUGGCACUCAGCUGGGAUUCUUCAUGAGAAAGAGGUAGGCAGGUUAAAAAAAGGCAUAGAACCCAAAGCCGAAGGGCCUGCUGCCAGACGCCCUCCACAGCCACCAGGCAUUGAGAGCGAGACGAGCGAAAAGCUUACUACCUUCCCUUUGCAGAAACAGGCUCCCAGAGAGCCUGACAGGAAGGAACAACCUCUCCAGAGGCAUGGCAGCCCUGGCUCUCAACAACCUCUGACCACCAAAGAACUGCCCAGCCUGGCCUCUUGGCACCAUUGCAGUUCUCCAAGCCACACUUCUAACAAGGAGCUGGGAACCAAAGCUGCUGCCGCAGAACCUAGCACCAACCUCCAGGACACUCCCAGAUCUGCUGCUUCAGUCACCACACCUAUCACCAUUGCCACCACCUCUGCUGGGUACAGCGAGAGCAGCAACCAAAAGUGUCGGCCUGGCCCUGACUUCAACCCUCCAAAGCCCAAGCACUCAGACAGGUCCUUCUCCUCUUCCUCUUCCUCCUCCUCCCCCUCCUCCCAGAAACUCAGUGCUGGAGCUGCAAAGGGUAAAGAGUCUGUCACUCAACCUCUCAGUGGCUCUUGCAAAGACGGGCAGGGCAACAGUAAGGGCCCAUUGGAGAUGUUCCCUGCCAUCCUGACCACCCAGGGCAUAGCAAGUGAUGUGCUUGGUCGGGGAGAGGGUAGGGUCACCAUCACACUCCAUGUUGAAGAGGGUCCUCUGGAUGCCAAACUGAAAGCCACCAGUGGAGGGUCCCCAGAAGUGCUGGAGAAGCAUCCUUCCAGACAGGGACACCUAGGCUUCAACGAGGCAGACCAGAAGCCUCUGACUGCCAGUGAAAAACAAAGUGUGUCUCCAAAGCAUCCCAAACCAUCCACUGUGAAAGACUGCCCCUCUCUCUCCAGACAGACAGACAGAAGCCCAAGUCAGCAGGCCUCCACUGGGGACAGGAAGUCAGAGGGGAAGAAGGGUACUGAAACGCUUUAUGGGCCAGCCUCAGAAGGCUGCAAGCUUGAGGCAGGCCCUUCCCUCCUCCAUGGUGAGACCCGACAGAAGGGCCCAGAGAGGCCAGCCCUGGGCAUGGGGAAGGGCUUCCCAGAAUCCAAGGGGAAAGGGCCUGGUCCCCAGAAGCCACUGGCUGAAACAGGCAAGCCCAGCUCUAUGAAGCGCUCACCCUCGGCCACUGGGCAGAGUUCUCUCCGCUCUGCUGCCAUCCCAGAGAAGUCUCUGAGCUACUCAGCCAGCUUUCCUGAGACUCACUUGGGGGUACGAGAAGUCACCUCAGCCGGCAGCAGCCCCUUAUCUGCCAAGGCCAAUGGCGGCACCCCAGAAUCCCUGGUGUCAAGCAACCGUGAGCAUAGGAAAUCCCAGUCUGGGGGAGAUGGCAGAACCCAAAUGACAAAAAGUGACUCUCUGCCUUCCUUCCGCCUCUCUACCACUACCCUGGAGUCACACCUCCUAGACCCACAGGUGCCCAGCACAGCAGGCCACCGGGACAGGGCGCUCUCAGUAACUGCCACCCUGGGAGAGCCCAAAGGGAGAGAGCUUGCCCAGCCUGCUCCAGCAAGGAAACAGACCGUGGGCAGGGAAGGGACCAGAGCAUCCCCAACUCCAACCACAGACCGUCCCCUCCAACUUCCCUCCGAGAAGGACUUUGUGGUGCGACAGAGGAGGGGCAAGGAGAGCUUGCGCAGCAGCCCUCACAAAAAGGCCUCUUAACACGUGGUGGCAGGGCUGUGGGACCCGGCCUGAGUAUGUAACUGGGUCUUUGCCACAUUUCCAAACCAGCACUGUGUGGGAAUGUCCUGCAGGGAGAGCUUGGCGCCUCCCUGAGGUGGAGGAGAGACAGAAAGAGGGAACUUUCUUCCAGAUGCCUUCCCAAUUGUAACCGGUAAAACUGCUGCCAGAUAGUGUUUAUACAAAACCUGCCUUUCCCAGCGGAGGGUUGGUAAGGAGGAGAGUCUCUCUGUACAUACCUAGCAACGUGUUUGGUUCCGGAUGUAGAGUCUGUACCUUGCUGCUGACUGCCUUGUUUACUGCAGCUUUUCUAAACGAAGAUAUUUGCUUUACCACUUACCAUAACGUAGUCAUGAAGCAAAGUGGUCAGAGCUGGGUGUGUGUGAAAAUAUAGAUCCAUUCAUAUUCACGUAUGUACACAUCCACCUACGUGUUUUGGUCUGUGGUUUGCGAAUAUUUCAAGGCUCCAUUUUUGUAAGUAGAGUUAAAGAUGAAAGAAAGCCCUAAAUAGAGUAGAUUGUGAGUUUUUAUGUGUAUUUUUAAACCAGAAUUUCUGAUAAUACUGAAUCUAGCUACCUGUAUUUCCAAAUCUCAAGCAAAAACUGCUCCAAUUGCUGCAUUUGGAAUCUUUUACCGGGAAUGGCCAGGACAAGUGGAACUAGGUACCUAGUUCAAGUGGCCAGAAGGGCAGUUACCCUUGCCUCUGGGUCACAUGUCUGCUCUUUACCUGAGGUGGAGCAGGGACUAGAAACACCUCAGCCUUCUGUUCUUUCUCCCCUUCUUUCCAAGCUCUCACCCUCACGCCUUUAUGCUGUGAGUCCAAGAAGCACAUGUUGUGGUAGUUCCGCACCAGCUCUGCCCGUGAAUCAAAAGGAAAAUCUCUGGUUGCACGCAAAUCUGCUAGUACUUAGGUUGAGUGAUAGGCAUUGGAAAAGGUUUUAAUUUGCUUUUGUUGAGGAAAAGGAGGGGGUGGAUUUGGGCAUCAUAGCAUAUAUAUUAAAGAAUAAUCAGGACAUCAGAUACAUUUUAAUACAUAGCAGGGGCCUUAUGUUGUAGAUGAAGCUUGCUGUUUUUAGCAAGUUCUUGGGUUUCACAUUCAUUUCUGGUGCAUCGAGUAGCUCCUUACAUUUCAUAACAUGAUCUCUUUAUUUGUAUGCAAAAAACUGUAUUAAUAAAGAGCAGCAUUUUGUAAUAAAGAGACAGGAGCUAUUUGGUGCUUGAAUGUGACCAUCCUUUUUACUUUUGCUAAGCCUUAUUUAAAUUUUGUAUGCCAUGAAAUAUGUAGAAUUUGUCAAAUCAUUUUUUCAUUUUUAUUGCUGAGGGUUUAUUUUGUUGUUUCAGGUUUUCUUUUUCUUUUUCUUUUUUUUUUUUUUUUGGUGGCUUGUUUUGAACUGUAAGAUGGCACUUGCUGACGUAAGUACAAGGCACUAAGCCACAAUGCAGAUAAGCUUUUAUAAGAUGCUUGGGAUCCAUAGCAAGACUUUGUUUCAUAAGAGAAAAAAAAUUACCAAUAAAUAACUAAUCUGACACCAACCCCCUCAGGGGUAUCUUGGUACCCUCAUGCUGUACAUUGUUUACGUAAACACAGCAUCAUCGCACCGCCCUGUGGAUUGCAAAUCAUCUAACAAAGCUGUAAGCACUCCAAACGCAAGGACAUCACUUAGCUGACGGCUUGGUUGUCUUUGUUGUAAAACAAGUCAGUAGAGGAAGAAUGUCCUCUUUGCCCACCUCUCCCCCCGUGCAGUUUUAGCCAUUCCCUAUCGCUGCCUUGUGAAACUGUAAAAUGAAUGUUCUUACAAGAACUGAAAUGGGUCUCAAAAAUGGUCUCAAAACUUAUAAUGCAUAUCUGUUUGGCAAUUAUAAUAAUCCAAUCCUUCUGAAAU